UGAUGCCACCAUAAGGUACCUCGAGAAGACAAAAUAGAAGUUAGUCGUUCACUGGAUUCCGAUUAAGCAGUGUCGCACUUCCGAGACAUAAAACUGUGUAGCGUACAGCCACCUCAACGCGAAAGAUGAAGAUCGGGGUCCUAUUUGGGACCCUUUGGUGUCUCCACGCUGCGUCCGCAGCAAUGCAUUCCUUGAAGUACUUCUACACUGCCUCCUCUGGGAUUCCGAGCUUUCCAGACUUUGUUGCUGUUGGAAUGGUGGAUGAAGUCCAGUUCAUUCACUACGAUGGCGAAAGUCAGCAACCUGUCUUUAAACAGGACUGGAUGAAGGCUGUGAAUGCCGAUGAUCCUCAGUAUCUCCAGGAAGAGACGCAGGGUCUACAGAGUAACCAACAACUUUUCAAAGCCAAUAUCGACAUAGUGAAGGAGCGAUUCAAUCAGACAGCAGGUGUGCACACACUCCAGAACAUGUAUGGCUGCCAGUGGGAUGAUGAGACCCAGGCUGUAGAUGGAUAUGAUCAGUGGAGUUAUGAUGGAGAAAACUUUGUUACUCUUGAUCUGAAGAACCUGCGCUACAUUGCCACAACACAGAGUCAUAUCACCUCAAAUAGUUGGAAUAGUAAUGAGGGCAUGCUUGCCCUCUACAAACAUUACUUCACACAGGAGUGCAUCGAGUGGCUGAAGAAGUAUGUCCAGUACGGGAGCAGCACUCUGGGGAGGAAAGCGGCUCCCGAGGUCAGCUUUCUCCAGAAGGGCCCUGAAGUGGCGUGCCAUGCCACAGGCUUCUACCCUGACUCAGUGAUGAUCGCCUGGAAGAAGAACGGAGUGGAGAUGGAUGAUGACGUUGAUGUGGGGGAGACCCUGCCCAACGAGGAUGGAACCUUCCAGAAGAGAUCCGUGCUCACCAUCUCACCUAAGGAGAAGGCCACGUACUCCUGCGAGGUCACACACAAGAGCAGAGCGGAGCCCAUUGUCAUGGUCUUGGAAGAGAGUGAAGAAGGUAACAACCUUCCUGUCAUCAUUGGCUGUGUGGUUGCAGUUGCCAUCCUUGUCGGUGUGGUUGUUGCAGUUGUGAUGAUGAAGAAGAAGGGUUAUACCAAGGCAUCUCGUGAGUACCUAUUUGGAGAUUUUCUUACUACUUCUUUUGUAUUUAGGAUUGCAAAAGUGAGAGUAGAUUCACUCACUGGAAAAGACACAGAGAUCUAG